AUGGCCUCCACAUGUGUUGUGCAGGAACAGUCGCACGAUGCCAACACAAUUACUCUCCAGACAUUGCCUCCGAGUGAGUGCUCAAGAAUAGAUUCGUCAGAAACAUCCCACGAUGGAUUUGCGGCGCUGGAGAAGUGGAAUCAGCCUCGGAUCAAUGCAUAUCGCUCGUUUGCUACUUUCUGGAGCUUCCUGGUGAUGGGCGCGAAUGAUGCGGCAUACGGUGUAAGUGGGACAUUUCGAGAGAAUGUUUUGGAAUCUCGAAACAAUCUGUUCAAGUGGGAUUUCGCUUAUACUAUUGUGUCUCUCGUAUUUCUGUCUCCGCUGGUCGGAUAUGUUCUUGCAGCGUUCCUCAACAAUCGAAUCCACACGUCGCUUGGACAGCGCGGCCCUGCGUUGAUCGGACCAGGAUGUCACCUACUCGCCUACAUUGUCAACUGCGUCCAUCCUCCAUACCCAGUCCUCGUGAUCUCCUUCAUCUUCGCCGGGUUCGGCAACGGCUUGGAAGACGCAGCAUGGAACGCCUGGAUCGGAAACAUGGCCCAUUCAAAUGAGUUACUGGGCUUGCUGCACGGUUUAUAUGGAGUCGGAGCUGUGCUGAGCCCGUUAAUUGCCACGUCGAUGAUUGUGCACGCUGAUAUGCCCUGGUAUUACUUCUACUAUGUUAUGGUCGGCUGCGCAGCCAUCGAGCUAAUCGUUUGCGGUACCUGCUUCUGGAAAGCAACAGGCGCGAUCUUCCGACAAGCGAGAGCUGAUACUGGGGGUGAUAGCAAAAAAGGUGGAUUGAAGACAGCGCUCUUCACGCGCCCCUCUGCACGAGUCACCUGGUUGUGCGCGUUGUUCUUGCUCGGAUAUGUGGGUGUGGAGGUUGCGUUGGGUGGAUGGAUUGUCACCUUCAUGAUUCGUGUGCGAAACGGCGGUGCUUUUGCCAGUGGAAUGACGGCGACUGGGUUCUGGUUAGGUAUCACGGUCGGGAGGAUUCUGUUGGGUUUUGUGACCCCGCGAGUGGGAGAGAAGUUGGCGAUUGCAGCAUAUAUCCUGCUAUCCAUCGCCUUCGGGCUCAUCCUUUGGCUCGUGCCACAAUUCUAUGCAUCAGCGGUCGCAGUUUCACUCCAGGGCUUCUUCCUAGGCCCCCUAUUCCCCGGUGUCGUGGUGAUGAUCGCCAAACUAUUACCCCGACACUUGCAUGUCAGUUCGAUAGGAUUUGCAGCGGCAUUCGGAGGGUCCGGAGCUGCCAUUCUGCCCUUUGCAGUAGGUGCGCUGGCGCAGGCAAAGGGCGUACAAGUGUUACAGCCAUUCAUCAUAGCUCUAUCCGGAGCUAUUUUCCUCAUGUGGUUGGGACUACCGCGGGUAUCGAAAGAACAGCGGAAUGAGUGA